AUGUUAGAACCGAUUAGAAGAACAAGCUCUUCAUUCAUUAUCGGGCUGCAACAAAUAAAACAUCAAAUCGAGAUAAAAGAGCAUGCUGAAAGACUAGCUGAAGAAGAAAGCAAAAAACAUGGAGCCACAAAAAAGUCUGUAGCAAAGCCUAAAGGAAGGGAUAAGCAAGAUGAUGCUAUUAAGAGCUCGGAAGCUUUUAGAGACAUGAUUGAGCAUAAAAUCUCAUUAGAUGAGCUAGCAAGAAACUUAGAAACAGAUUUCGACCGUGGCUUAUCAGACGAAAAAGCACAUAAUAAACUUAAAGUUUUUGGAGAAAAUAAACUGACUGAGAAGGCCGGACUCCCAUGGUACUUGCAUUUUAUUAAGUGUCUAACUGGCUUUUUCUCAUUGAUGCUAUGGGCAGGGGCUAUUUUAUGUUUCAUCACAUAUGGUAUUGAUCAAACUGAUCCAUCCAAUGUUUACCUUGCUAUAGCGAUAGUUGUUGUCGUCGUAAUCACAGGUACAUUUGGCUUUUAUCAAGAAGAAAAGUCAGCAGCCAUCAUGGCAGGGUUCAAGAACAUGAUUCCUCCUAAAUGCUCAGUAAUCAGAGAUGGAAAUGCAAGAGAGAUGGAGUCAUCUAAGCUUGUUCCUGGAGACAUUGUGUUUGUUAAGGAAGGUAAAAAAAUUCCUGCAGACAUUAGGAUUUUAUCAUCUAAUAAUAUGAAAGUUGAUAACUCGUCCUUAACUGGAGAAAGUGAUCCUCUUCCAAGAACAGAAAAAUGUACUAAUGAAAAAAAUCCGCUUGAAACUGAAAAUAUGGCAUUUUUUGGGACUAUGUGCAGCACUGGGGAAGCGAAAGGUGUGGUGAUUAAUACAGGUGACAAGACUGUAAUGGGAAGGAUUGCAAACUUAGCCUUCACUACUAAGAAUGAACAAACGACACUGGGAAGAGAAAUUGACUUUUUUGUGAAGGUAAUCACUAUUAUAUCAGUCACAAUGGGAAUCAUCUUCUUUGCUUUAGGCUUUAGCUUUGGGUUUACUAUUACGGUAAAUGUAAUUAAUGCUAUUGGAUGCAUUAUUGCUAAUGUUCCUGAAGGACUACUUGGAGAAGUAACAGUUGCUCUUGCUCUUACUGCAAAAAGAAUGGCUGAAAAAAAUGUCCUUGUAAAAAACUUAGAAUGUGUCGAAACUUUAGGAUCUGUCACAUGUGUUUGCUCAGACAAGACUGGGACUUUAACUGAAAACAAAAUGAGAGUCGUUAGUAUUUGGUAUGACAGUAAAAUUAGAGAUGUAAAUAAUUAUGAAGAAAAGAAUACUGGAGUAACUUUAGGCUAUAAUAUUGAAGAGCCCACUUUUGAAAUGCUGCUUAGAUGUGCUAUUCUAAAUAGCAAAGCCCAAUUUUCAACCGAGCCACCUGAAGAUCUUUUAUCUGAUAAGCAUGGAAACAGGCUUUCUGAAAAUGAAAUUGCAGAAGUUAAAGAAAAAUUUAAAAGUGGCUUACUCCCCUCUUCAUAAGCAAACAAAACCAUUGGAAAAAUCCCUAAUUUGCUCAGAAACCCACCCGUGAGCGAGCACAUAUUUUUUAUGAAAAAAAAUUGAUAUAUAAGUUUAGCUAUCUCUAUUUAAUUUUAAACUUUAAAGCAUAAAUCUUAUAAAUUAAUUUUUAGCGAAUUGGAGUUUUUUUUAAAUUUUGAAGAAUAUAAAUUUUUAAAAAAAAAUUAUCCCUUAAUGAGUGAACAAAAUUUUUUGUUGCUCAUGCGGAGAGUUAGCAGCCAAAUCCAUACAAACUUGGCCAACAUUCGGAGGUGAUGCAUCAGAAAUUGCUUUAAUUAAAUUCUUCCAUCCCAUCAAAAAUAUCACAGAUAUGAGGCAAACAUAUCCUAUUCUAAUAAGAGGAGGGAUUAAAGGUGAAAUCCCAUUUACUUCGGCUAAUAAAUAUGCAGUAACAAUUCAUGAGCCAACAGAUUGGAAUCCUGAAGACCACAAGAAAGAUUGCAUACUAUUUAUGAAGGGCGCUCCUGAGCAGCUAUGGGAGAGAUGCUCAACUAUUCUUUCAGAAGGAAAUGCUAUUCCUAUAACUGAGGAGAAAAGAAUUCAAUUUGCAACCGCAAAUAAAUGCUUUGGAGGUAAAGGUCAGCGAGUCUUAGGAUUUGCUUACACAUGGCUCGAUCACAAUGAGUAUCCUAAAGAUUAUGUCUUUGAACCAAAUAAAAAAGAAGGGCCAAAUUUCCCUCUUCGAGGGCUCACUUUUAUUGGCUUAACUGCACUAAUGGACCCACCAAGAAAAGGAGUGAAAGAAGCUGUUAUUUCAGCUCAUGAUGCAGGGGUCAAAGUAAUAAUGGUUACUGGAGAUCAGCCUCUUACCGCUGCAGCAAUUGCAAGACAAGUGCAAAUUAUUACUGUAGACAAGACUGUGAAUGACUAUGUUGAAGAAGGCUUGGAUUGGGAAAAGGCUAUAGACUUAAGUGACGCUAUUGUGAUUCACGGAGAUAUGCUCACAAAAGCUCACACAGAAGAUUCCGAUCUUCCAUUUAGAGAGCAAAGAAUUGCCAAGUGGCUAACCCAUGGUAAUUAAAUAAAAUUUAUAGUAAGUUUAAUGUUUAAUGAUUAAAGUUUUAUAUUUAGCAAGGAUAAUAUUUAAUGCAAUCUAUAUGAUUAGCUCAAUAAAUCUUAAAAUAAUUGAUAUGAAAAUUUAAGUUUAAGUUUAAUUGAAUUAUUCUUGGAUGCUGUCUCCUUGCUUGAGAUCCAACUUGAUUAACAGCUCUGAACAACGGUAGGUGGACCGGCCUAACCGUCGAACCGUUAAUGUUUGCAAGUCCGUUAAGACUUCUCUGAUCAGUGUCAGACUCAGCACUAGCCUCUCCACUCUCUUUCGAGACUCUCAAGAGUCAAGACCUCUCUCACUAAGCUCGAAAAGAGGACCCUGACCUGCGGAGCAGGAGUUUAAGACCUAUCUCUAAUUGACAUUUUUAAUAUUGUGAUAUGAAAGUAAGUAAAAAAGAAAUCGUGUUUGCAAGGACUUCUCCUGCUCAAAAAUAUAUGAUUGUUGACGCCAAUCAGCAACUUAACUCCCCAUUCAUGAACGAACAAAUAAUUUUGAGAGGGACUAAUUUUUUUUUAUAAUUUAAAAAAAUCCAAAAAUGCACAAAUUGGAAAGAAAAAUUAAAUUUAAUUUGCGAUAUUUAUGUUUUAAAAUGUAAGCUAUUAUAUAUUUAACAGAAUUAGCUCAAGAUUUCAGUAUAAUAUUUAUCACUAAUAUUUCAAAAUAUUUUUUUUAUUCGCUUACAGGGAGCGGGUUUCUACCCAAAAAAUAGGAUUCUUCUCAUGGGCUUGCUCGCUUGCAGAAGGAGGAAGUAAACAAAUUGUUGCUGUUACUGGUGAUGGCGUAAAUGACAGCCCGGCCAUUAAAAAAGCUGACAUUGGAAUUGCUAUGGGAAUUGUAGGAAGCGAUGCAGCUAAAGACGCUGCCGAUAUGCUGCUGAUCGAUGACAAUUUUGCAUCUAUUAUUCAAGGUGUAGAGCAAGGCCGUGUCAUUUUCGAUAAUCUUAAAAGAACUAUCGCCUACGUUUUAGCAUCAAACAUGGCAGAGAUCAUCCCUUACUUAAUAACAGUUAUAUUCCAGCUACCCUUACCUUUAUCAACUGUUUUAAUGCUUGCAAUCAGUGUUGGAACUGAUGUUAUCCCAGCUGUUGGGCUUGCUUAUGAAGAGUCCGAGCUUGAUAUUAUGAAAAGAAAACCACGAGAUGCAGAAAAAGAUCAUUUGAUGUCCUAUCAACUUCUAUUUUUUGCUUAUAUGCAAACAGGCGAAAUAAUCACAAUGGGUGGAAUGUUGGCUUAUUUCACGAUUUUUUAUGAUUUCGGAUUCAAACCACAAGUUUUGUGGUUCUUUUACGUAGCACAAUCUGGGUAUAAGCCCGGAAAGGAUGAUGUUUAUGACCCUGAUCUCAAUUCAAAAGGAAAUUCUCACAUAGGAGACUCAAAUUAUGAAAACGAGGCUGUUGAUUUUAUCACAAAUGGAGAUGCACAUCUUGACUUAAGAAUAUGGUUCCAUAAUUAUGGAAAGGAUAAUUGGUCUGAUUGCAAAUAUCCUGGGUGGACAUCACCAAUAUCUAAUCAUGAAAUCUGCUAUACCACAGAAGCUUUUAAAUACGCACAAUGUGGUUACUUCGUAGGAGUUGUUUGCUGCCAAUACGCAAAUAUAAUGAUUGUCAGGACAAGAGAAAAAAGUAUAAUUGAUAGAGGUUUCACAAACUGGUUUGUGAACUUUGCGCUUUGUUUUGAAACUUUGUUUACAUUGAUAAUUUGCUAUGUUCCUGGGCUGAAUAGUGCUUUAGGAGGUAGACCCUUGCUUACUUUGCACUAUGGAUUUCCUGCUGUUCCUGCAUUUAUUUUACUAGUAUGCUAUGAUGAGUGUAGAAAAUUUUUGAUGAGAAUAGAAAUGGCAAAAAAUAAAGGCAGUGGGAAAAAAGGGUGGAUAGAAGCUAAUACAUUUUAUUAA